CCCGCUUGGCCGCUCUUAUAGCGGCGGGACGGCCCUGCCGCUCUCGGAGCCGUUGGGAUGCGCGUCGUGCAGAGUUGGUCGCUGCUGGCCCUGGCGCUGCCCCUGGCGCUGCCCGCCGAGCGGCUGUCGCUGCUGCCGCUGCUGCCGCACGGCGAGGAGCGCGGCGAUGCCGCGCUGGAGCACGGGGACGAUGCGCGCUCGGCGGCGCUGGAGUUGAGCACGGCGCUGCGCUUCUACGGCGCCGCCGUCCGCUCCCUCUACGUUGCCACUAAUGGGAUUAUUGCAGUGAAUGAACCUUCAAGUGAAGAAAAAUAUCUUGGUCAAUUCCCAGUCAGUUUUGGGGCUAUUGCUCCGUUUAUGGCUGAUCUGGACACAACAGAUGGACAUGGAAAUGUGUAUUACAGAGAAGAUUCAUCCUCAGAUGUCUUGCAACUUGCAUCAGACUACGUCAAAAGUGGUUUUCCUGAGACUACUUUUGAUCCCAGCAGCGUUGUCAUUGUUACCUGGAAGCUCGUGGCCCCUUACCAGGCACCGGGAGAAGAUCAUGCUUUGGAAGAAAAGAGAAACACGUUCCAGGCUGUUUUAGCUUCUUCUGAUUCCAGUUCCUAUGCUAUUUUCCUUUAUCCAGAAGAUAGCUUGCAGUUCUAUAGUACAUACUCCAAGAAUGAAGACGGAAAGAUUCCUGCUAUGGUUGGCUUUAGUCAAGCCUCUACAAACUACUACUUUUGGGAAAAGCCAGGAUCCUAUAAUGUCAUUGCUAAUGACGAAGACAGCAUUAGAAACCUGCACAAAAGCAGCAAUGCUGGGAAACAAGGUGUCUGGGUGUUCGAGAUUGGUAGCUCAUCUGACAGUAUUGUGCCUGCCAAGAUCAGCAGCAUUUUGGAGAGCCUAGAGUCCAAUGAACAAGACCAGGAGAUUACUUCAAAACCAUUUAUGUCAGACUAUGGCUCUACUGAAAUAAGACAGCAGUAUGUUACCAGCAGUACAGACAGCGCAGAAGAGGAUCAGCACCACAUUAUGUAUAGUGUUCCUCAGUUAGCUGCAGAAGACUUUCUGAUUUCAUACCAAGAUGUAACUGGAACACCUUCGACUGAGUCUUUUUACAAUCAUCAAGAUUUCCCAACAGCAAAAGCUCCACCUCACCAGUUCCAUGUCCAGCAGUUCCCCCCACAGCAACCCCAAGUCAUUGAUGUGGAAGAAUUUGAUGAAACUGGUAUAGUGUUUCGUUACCACACAGAUGUCCAAGAGACCUGUGCUAACAACCGCCACCAGUGCUCUGUUCAUGCUAUUUGCAAAGAUUAUCCCAAUGGAUUUUGUUGCAGUUGUAUUGCUGGUUACAAAGGAAAUGGCAGACAAUGUGUAGCAGAAGGUUCUCCUCAGAGAGUCAACGGGAAGGUCAAAGGAAAAAUCUUUGUAGGAAAUAACCCCGUUCCAGUUAUAUUUGAGAACACUGAUCUCCACUCCUAUGUUGUGAUGAACCAAGGGCGUGCCUACACUGCUAUCAGCACAAUCCCAGAGACUUUGGGGUAUUCGUUACUGCCUCUUGCAUCUAUUGGAGGAAUCAUAGGAUGGAUGUUUGCUGUGGAACAGCAAGGAUAUAAAAAUGGAUUCAGUGUUACUGGUGGUGAGUUUACACGGCAAACUGAAGUAACUUUUGUUGGCAACAAUGAGAAGCUGGUUAUAAAGCAGAAAUUCAGUGGAAUUGAUGAGCAUGGUCACCUUACCAUCAGCACAGAAAUGGAGGGCAGAAUACCUGAGAUCCCAUCUGGUGCAUCCGUCCAUAUAGAACCAUACACUGAACUCUAUCACACUUCUAGUUCUGUGAUCACUUCAUCGUCCACGAGGGAGUACACAGUGACAGAGCCAGAAAGGGAUGGGGUUGCUUCCACGUACACUGGCGCCUAUCAGUGGCGACAGACCAUCUCAUUUGAUGAAUGCAUUCAUGAUGACUCUCACCAUGCUGCUUCUGCUACUCAGCAGCUCUCAGUGGACAGUGUGUUUGUCCUGUAUAACCGAGACGAGCAGAUUCUGCGAUAUGCUAUGAGUAAUUCCAUCGGCCCAAUCAGUGAUGGUGCUGCUGAUAUUAACCGAAAUCCUUGCUACACUGGUACCCAUAACUGUGACACCAAUGCAAUAUGUCGUCCAGGAACUGGCAGUCGUUUCUUCUGCGAAUGUUCGAUUGGCUUCCGUGGAGAUGGAAAUGUUUGCUAUGAUGUCGAUGAAUGUUCAGAGCAACCAGCUCUAUGUGGCAGCAAUGCGGUCUGCAAUAACCAGCCAGGCACCUACCGCUGCGAGUGUGUUGAAGGAUACCAGUUUGCAGCAGAUGAGCGGACUUGUGUUGCUGUUGAAUAUGUUGUAAACCAUUGCCAGACAGGCACACACAAUUGUGACAUUCCUCAGCGUGCUCGGUGUGAGUACACCGGGGGGUCUGCCUACAUCUGCACAUGCCUCCCUGGCUUCUCCGGAGAUGGGCGUGCCUGUGAGGAUGUAGAUGAAUGUCAGCAAGGCCACUGUCAUCCAUAUGCUUUCUGCUACAACACUCCUGGGUCCUUCAACUGCCAGUGUAAGGCAGGUUAUCGUGGGGAUGGUUUCCGGUGUGUUUUAGGAGAAGUGGAAAAGACCAAAUGUCAGCAUGAAAGAGAAGUAGCUCUUGGAAGUGGAGGCACUUUCUUCUCAAGGGAGACAAGCAUUGGUCAGUUCAUUCCCCAGUGUGAUGACCAUGGGAAUUACCUACCCACUCAGUGCCAUCCUAGCAGUGGAUAUUGCUGGUGUGUGGAUAGGGAUGGAAAUGAGAUUGAUGGCACCAGAAGCAUACCAGGAGUCCAGCCACCAUGUCUGAGCACAGCUGCUCCUCCUGUUGUUAUUGGGCCCUCUGUUCGACCAGAUACAGUACCUUUGCCGCCAGGAACACACUUGCUUUUUGCCCAAAGCGGUAAAAUUGAACAUGUCCCACUAGAGGGAAACAAUAUGAAGAAAAAUGGUGCAAAAGCACUCUUGCAUAUUCCAGACAAAGUUGUUAUUGGAAUUGCUUAUGACUGCACAGACAAGAUGGUUUACUGGACAGACAUCAGUGGCCCUUCAAUCAGCAGAGCUAGCCUGCAUGGUGGGGAGCCAACAACCAUCAUCAAAACAGACUUGGGAAGCCCUGAAGGGAUAGCUGUAGAUCACCUAGGUCGCAACAUCUUCUGGACUGACUCUCAACUGGAUCGAAUAGAAGUGGCUAGGCUGGAUGGGCGCCAGCGUCGCAUCCUUUUUGACACUGGCCUGGUGAACCCCAGAGCAAUUGUUGCAGAUCCUAUGAGAGGAAACUUGUACUGGACUGACUGGAACAGAGAAGCUCCUAAAAUUGAAACCUCAUACAUGGAUGGCACAAACAGAAGAAUUCUUGUUAAAGAUGACCUUGGGUUACCAAAUGGUCUGACAUUUGAUCCUUAUUCCUCAAUGCUGUGCUGGGUAGAUGCAGGUACCAAGAAGCUGGAAUGCAUGAACCCUAAUCAGCUUGGUCGACGCAAGGUUGUUGAAGGAAUUCAGUAUCCUUUUAGUGUUACAAGCUAUGGGAAGAAUUUAUACUACACAGACUGGAGAAGGGAUGCUGUUGUAGCAGUGGAUCGCACAAUUUCAAUAGAAAAGGAUAACUUCCAGCCUCACAAGCGCUCCCGUCUCUAUGGAAUCACUACAGCUUUUGCUCAGUGCCCAGGAGGACAUAACUACUGUACAGUGAAUAAUGGCGGUUGUACUCAUCUCUGCUUGGCUACCCCAGGAGGCCGUUCUUGUCGCUGCCCUGACAACACAGUUGGAGUGGAUUGUAUAGAAAGAAACUGAGCAUUAAAAUAAGCUUUAGAGCAGGAGAUGCCUUUUGGAAACAUGCUGUAAACAAUUCACUCCUAUCAACAAAAUCAGGCCCUAAAGAUAAGUGCUCCAAGCUACUUGACAGCAAGCCACAAUAUGCACAUGCAGACACACACGCACACAGAGGCAAUGACUGUUUGUAGCAAUUAGGCAAGACAGAGCUGCCCACGUUAGGUCCAACUGCAUCUUAUUCCUUGUAAUAUUAUCUCCUUGCUUUUAAAAGUAAAUGUGGAGGCCUUAAUUGCACCUGUGCUGCACUAGGAGGAGGUGUCUCUUGGCAAAAUGAAAGUAACAAAUACUGAACAAAGAGGAUGGCGUGGCUCAGAUCCUGAGACUGAGUUGUACCUUGGAGCAUGCAGAAGUUUUAUUUACAUAGUGGCAUGCUUAGCCCAUCAUAUAUGUGGCUGGGCCAUAUCUCUAGCUGAGAAGCAACCAGGGGGCCCCAAGGAUGAAUAGAUGUGGGUGGGAACACCCAGUAAUGUCACAGAUUUAAUGCCCAACUGCAUUCCUUCCCACUACCAGUCCUUCCACUUCCAAAACUUGAAUCUCAAGUUUCGACUCUUGUAUUACGGAAACACUUUAUCUAUGUGCUGUGAGGCUAGUUCUCACCCUGGCUCAUGUGAUCCUUUCCCACAGCAUGUGAUUCUUUAUAGAUAAUCAGCACUGCUUAGUGGAUGUAUCUGAAGUUUUUGUUGGAUUUUAAGAGAUUUAUUUUUCUUCUGUUUGAGGUGGAUUCCUGAGUAGUUUCCUGAAGUCCACCAAACAAACUUUAGAUACAGAUCUCAAUUGCUGAUAGUUCGUCAAAGAAUGGAUGUUGAUUCAUUUGGAGGUGUUUGGUUUUAGAGACACACAGUCACAUUUGUUUCCUGCGAGCUUUUAAAAUAAUAUUUCUGUGUUUGAUUCUGUAAGCCUGAAAGUGGUCUUUGAAUCCUAUCCUAGACAUCUUUCUUCUUUAGCAAACCAUGCCAUGUCUUUUCUGAGACCAUGAGAAACCAUGGCAGUUAAAAAUCUGAUUUCCAGAAGGGUCACCUUUGUCUUGGUGCUUAAAAGAAAAAAGUAUGGCGAUGCCCCAUUUGCGUGCCUGUGUUUAGUAACAGCAAAAAGGUGUGCUUUAAAGUCAAAGCAGUAAGUUUGGAGUGGGGAAGAAAAAUCAAAAUGCAUAUUCUUAUGUCAAAUUAGCAGUACAAAUCUGGGAGUGAAGUUUGGCUUCCACACUGUGUGUUGGGAAGGAAGCUUUACCCACAAGCCAACCUGCAGCAGCAGAACAAAACUGGGCUUGCGAACCUUUUGCCAGAACACAUUUCACAAUGUCAUGAUCAAAGCAGUAAGCUAACGUCUCCAUUUCCUCACUCCCUCUUCAGACGCUACAGUAACAGUUUUAACAGAGCCAAUACUGAGUCUUAACUGCGUGACAUCUUCCUCUUUAAUUGUAUAUUUAUCAUAAAAUAACAAACCAUAUAAACAUUUAAAAGAUUUUUUUUAUAACUUUUAAUUCAUUUUAUUCAUACACUUAAUCAGGUAUCUCUUACUGUAAAUAGAAAAAAUGUGUUGAAGGUGCUUGAUAACUCUUUCUCCAGAAUUAUUCAUGUAUCUGGUGAAAUAUUAAAGUUUACACUCUGUACAGGUAUCUACAGUACAGUCAAUAAAAUCUUUUGGUUUUUAUUUUCUAUAAAAAAAAAGUCAUGCCUGUAGAAGGAAGUGAUAUGUGGUAUUUCAAAUCUCUUUUCCUGUUGAGUUCUGGGUUUUCACUAACUCUCAUAUCUAGUGAUGAUACUUCUCUUCUAAGAUGCAACACUAGAGAGCAAAAACUGCUGUUGAGGGGUUUGUAUUUUGAAACCAGUAGGAUACUUUUAUUCAAAACAAAUAUGCAAGAGCACUUAAAGAAGAAACAGCUUCUUCUGUUUUGACACAGACUUUUUACUGGUGGAUAACUCUUGUUUAACUUUGUCAAGUAAACAUAAUUCAGUUAUACCAUAUUUCAGACUUCUAUGCUAGUGGAAAUAUAGGAUGACUAGAUUAAAUGGGAGACAGAAUUCAUCCCUCUGCUUGAAGAUGACUUGGUGCUGAGUUUCUAGGUGACAGACUUCUUUGCUGCCUGGUGCCACAGCACACAGGCUCUCUGUGUGGCUGCAGGGCAAGAUGCAAGCAAAGUGAAGGGUGUCUUGUUGAAGGUGGUGAUGCUGAGAUUUAAACUCAACUUUUACGGCUACAGCAUGUCAGUGCCUCAGGGAGGAUGGCAAAAGGCUCUGUAGUACUGUGUAGCUCAACAGCUGGAGAACAGCGUGCCUGUCAAGUGAGCCACUGGAAAGGUGGAGAGUGGGGCAGCAAGGAGAGCUACUGGGAUCUGAAGGGUGGUGUGUGGAGUUAGAGGAGGAGAUUGGUAAUGGAAAAUGGAAUGUUUUAUUUUAACAGUAAUCUUUUAUUAUUACAAUAGGCUAGGACUGGUAAUCAUGUCAGUCUCUGGUCGAAGAAAAGAUUCAGUGUAACUACAGUUCACCUUUUUUGCUACAAAAAAAUAGUAUAUUCACAGGUUUUUCAGGAAAGGAGAACAAAUGUUUCAGUGGUUAAACAAAAGACAAAAUACCUCUUAGAUUUAUUCCAGAGGUAGUUUAAAUAGGAUAGGAUAGAAUCGUUUCAGUUGGAAAAGACCUUUAAGGUCAUCAAGUCCAACCGUUAACCUAGCACUGCCAACUCCACCACUAAAUGUGUCCCUAAGUGCCACAUCUACAUGUCUUUUAAUUACUUCCAGGGGUGGUGACUCAACUACUUCCCUGGGCAGCCUGUUCCAAUGAUUGAUAACCCUUUUGGUGAAGAAUUUUUUUCCUAAUAUCCAAUCUGAAUGUUUUCUUAAAUGCUUCCAUUCAGAUCUUCUAGCACACAAAAAAAAUACUUAGUGGUAAGACCAUUAGUGAUGUUUAUCAAUGAUGUAAUAAGUUGCAAAAAAGUGAAAUUACUGAUAGUAGUACUGGCUUCCUGAUGACUUAAUGGGGUAGUUCAGCCAUCUUUCUGUCUGAAGGGUGUUUGAAAACCCCAACUUUACUCACUUUUUAACCUGUAAAGAACUCUCUUCUCGUAGUGAAAAUCCAGCGUGGCUUUUUGAAACCCAGCGUUCUGUCCGGUGUUGUUCCAAGCUGGCAAACUGCUUACUCUGCAGUUCUCCAGUCACACAGUUUUGUCACAACAUAUUAGAUUUUUAACUUGCAGGCAUAUAAUUAAGAAUGACAGAUGAUUACUAGAGGAUAAUGGCCCAUCAAUGGCAGUGUCACAAUGCAUCAGUUUAACCUAUGGUUAAAUGCACACUGGUUUUUGUGUAGUAUUUCAUAGUGUAUUGCUUGGAGAUCUUGCUUUAAAAAAAAAAAGCAGGAUAUGAAACACAUAUGGCUAUAGAGAAUACAGUUGUGAGAAGCCCCCUGCUUGGCCUGUGUGUAAGAACUAAAUAUUACCUCCAGAACCUGAGUCCCCAGCUGGGGAUCUGGCAGCAAUUUGUUCAUUAAGUGAUUGAAUCACCUCCUUUGUUUAAAUUCUACUUCACUUGAAAUCUGUCCUUUAUUUUAUUUAUAAGUUUAGGACAGCAUGUCAAUAAAAUAGGUGAAAGGUCAGUAUGUUUUGUCCUAAAACUGUACAUAUUGAUGCCUCUGUAGCUUUGCUUGACUAACAAAAGGCUCAGUGGCCAGUGGAAUGCAAUGAGUGGGUUCUCUGCUGCUUUGUGGCAAAGCAGGUGACGCUGCAGUAGCUUACUGCUCUUUUUUUUUUUUUCCAGAAGGAUUCUAGAGUUGAUGAAUGGGGACAGACUGCCAUUCCCACAAGGAACCAGGAUGGUGUAGUUCAGUCUUUGGCUUCUUUGUCUUGAGUAUUCACCAGAGUCCGUGCAGUUUGUGGUGGUGUUGCUCUGGGCAGGCAGUGUUCCCUACCCAAUGGGGUGUCUAAACACACAGGAAGCACACAGAGGAGCUGCGUAGCGCAAAGCCUUCAACAUGGGGAAAAUGGCCUGCUGUACAGAUGCUGGUGGGGCAUGCCAAGUGGCAGCUGUGGAUCUGACCCAGGAACUUGCACAGCAGCAGUGGGAAAGAAAGGGGAAAUGUGGAAGGGAAUAGAAGAGGAAGAUUUUAUGGCAGUGGAUGCAGAUGUGUGUGCAGUUUGGGAGGUGGGGGAACAAUUAGCAUGGUGGUGGUUGUACUGUGCUUUUGUGGUCUCCAGUUAAUUCAGCAGUACACUGCUGGGGAUAGGGUGAGGGAGACUAAGAUGCAGAGUUGCUGAGUUAUAGUGGAUUUUGGAAACCUCUCCAGUCUUUUCCUUUCCCUCUAGAACCAGAAUAUCCUACUGACCACAGCACUCUUUUUUUCAGGCACUGUGGGAUAACCUGUGGGAUCCCAGAUUCAAUUCUGUUUGAGGACAAACCCCAAGAGCACAAGAUUUUGUUCUUCCCACCUCUCUUCCCUGCUUUAUGCAGAUAAGAAACCUAAGCAGAUAAGCCGGAAGAGAGCAGUAGUGCGGUCCAUCCAGCUGCCUACCAGAGGGAAGGCAGGCAUAGUGCCAAGCAUGACUGCCCUCAUUCCUGAGACAGCCCCAGGUACCCUGGUGAGCCACUGCUGGCAUUUCAUGGCACAGCUUAUCUCCCAAGUUGGUAUUAUCCAAAAAAUAAUAAUAAUCCAAUCCCAAAAUGAUUUCUAAUCCUCUCCUGCACCACCUCUUCCAGGACCAGGUCCUCUAGCUAUGACUUGCUGUGCACAUUAACUGUACACAAAGUGUGUCACAGGGGUCUGUUUAAUAACAAACAGCAAGAAAGGACUAGUCUGCUAACAAGCUGCAAAACCUAUCCGUCAGCUUCAAUCCAAAGGUCCCUGGUGAUGCAUUUGUAAGCAUGAGAUUUUUUUCCCCUUGUAUUGUAUUACAGUCUGUCGUUUUAGUUAUUAGCCUUUGAGCAGAUGUAUCUCAUGUAUUUUUAAGUGAUUGCACUGUAAUUAAUCAUUUAUCUUUGUGGCCUGUUGUCCUUUCAAACAUACACAUAUGGGGAAACGGCAAACCACACAGCUAAUUUCAUUCUCUUCCAGGCACAAUAUCCUUCUAGGCUCUUGGCUCCCAAGUGUCAGUGCAACCAUGGCACUGAUUUCUUCAGAACAGCAAAAGACUGAUGCGCUGUUUCAGUUUCUGUGCUCAUAUGCCUUGUAACUCAGCUGUCAUGCUGACAUGCUACGCUGACAAUUUUAGCUGACCUUAACCUGCAGAACCAAUGGCUUUUGCUUUAUAGUUGUUUCAGCCUAAAUGCUGGCAUGUCUGCUAGAUCCUAUACUGUGCUACACCCAACUAAUGAGGCAGAAUAUGAAGUCUGAUAUGGCCUCUCUGUCAAUGAAAUAGAAAAAUUUGGCAUGGUUUAUCUUCUCCAGAUAGACGUGUCCAUGCCUGUCAUGGCAAGAGCAACUUUCAGCAAUGACAGAUGGCUGUGGUCUUCAUGUGCUUUACCCUAGCUGUCUGUGACUUACACGCCUCUAUCUGGUAGAUUUUACUGAUCAAUUUUAUGAACUUGAGAGUCUGGACUUCACCAGUAAAGAUGUUUUUAAUGUUAGCCAUUGAUUAAGACAGAGAGGAGGAAAUUGUUUCUCUCAGGGGAGGUGCUGCCACAGAUUUAUGUGCUCCCUGUGAAAGCUCAGUCCUCACUGGGUGUUCCCUGGAACCCAAACUUUUCAAGUACAAGUUAGCAGUUGUCUGAUCAUUUAUUAAUUUGUCUGCUAGAUUGGCUGCCUGUGAGAAAUUACAUUAGGGUCUGAAAAUUUCUGUAAAUUAUACAUUUGUGCUGAUACAGUAUUUUAUUACUAGUGGAGCCAGAACAUCUAGCUUCAUUUUUGUUCUCCAGUGCUGUGACAAAUUUAUGUUCCUGCAAUUACACAAUUUUAGGGUGGUUUUUUUUUUUUUUCAUUUUCAGCUUGAUUUUUACUUGAAUGAAGAAUCACAAAGGGAAGAAGAGCAUGUUCUUAUAUAAAAAAACUCCUUAAGACAUUGUUCUAAUGAGCAACAAAUGUACAACAGUUAAGGAACACCCAAUAAGAGUUUGUUCACAGAUUUUUGUCAAGAAUGUUUUCUCCUAAAGCCUCAGCUCUUAUACACGACCCCCAAUAACCUUGACUCCAAAAGACAAAUAAAAAGACCAGCACACAGGAUACUAUUUUUUCCCAAAUUUGUGUUAACUAUAUGCCUUCUUAGAAAAUUCAUAUGAAAAUUUAGAUUGGAAGGAACCUCUGGAGUGCGUCAAGUCCAGCUCAAAGCUGGGACAACUUCCAUGUAAGAACAUAUUGCUCAGGACCUUGUCCAGUCAGCUUCUGAAAUCUCCAAGGAUGAAGACGCUACAACCUCCCUGGACAUCUUAGUACCGAACCACUUUGGUGUUGGAAGUCCAAUGGGAAUUUCCUUUGAUGCAACUAGUGACCAUUGCUUCUUGUACAUUCCCUGUGCAACUAUGUGAAGGGUUUGGCUCUAGGUUCUUUCUCCAGGUAGCAGAAAACAGCAGUUGCUGCACCCUUUCCUCAUAUGCCAUAUGUACUUCAGCCCUCUAACCAUCUUAGUGGUCUUCAAUGGACCUUUUCCAGUUUGUGAAUACCUUUCUUGCCCUGAUGUACCCCAGACGUAGCCUUAUGAGUCCCAAGUAGAUGGAUGUAAUCAUCUUGGUACCUGACCAGGGCAUUGAGUUUAAUGCUUGGGGUGGGCAAUAGCGAAUGCAGUUCUUAAGAAGACCCGUCUAUAGAGACUCUGGUUUCUUGCGCUAAGCUUACCAUUGGGGCAAGGGGACACACACAGAGGAAGGGUUGGUGUCAUUUUUUUCUCCUGGUCAUUCUGAAAGCAUGUUAUUCUUCAUGGUGCUCUGCAUUUCUGUCUUGCCUUCUGUUCCACCACACAAAAUGGGUAUUUGUCCAUUUGUUGCUCCUGUUUCGGUUCUCUGAGAUAACAUGGAGGGGCUGCACCACUAUCCCUCUCCACCAAAAGCUCAGGGACUGACAGAAGUCCUGGAAAAUACAAGAACUGUAUUCAUUCUAUAUGUGCGAGGGGAAUUAAUCCACCAAACUGCAACUUUAGAAGGACUGGAGGGAACAUGGGAGGCUUCUUGCUGUCAAAAUGCAGCUUUUGGAUACAGAAGGGCAGGAGUGCUUGGAGGGAGCUCACUGGGAAGGGCGGUGUGAGACAGGCAAAUGUCUCGUCUAAAGUUCUGCUGAGGCCUAGGCAUUGGGCAGGGUCAAGCGAUACAGCUGGGUAUGCACCAGCGGAAAUUUGGACCUUGCAGUGGCCGAGUGUGCAGAAGCGGAUGUGAGGGUUUCGAUGCCACAUCUGUGAUGAGUAAGACCCCUUCUGGGUCUGCUCCUCAUUCCUUUCAUGUGAUUCACUAAGCAAUGGUGACUACCGGUGUUGUUCAGUGUCAAGGGAUGUUCUGUGCCAAAUUACAGUCUGUUUAUAAAUAUUUGGCAUAAAGUGAUAUCAACAGCUUCAAACUCACUAGUGGGAUGUGAAAAAUUUCCAAACUUUGAGUGGUUAAAAGCAAGAUUAUUAACAUAGGAAUUGGGUCAGCAGCUCUGUUACCUGUCAGGCUGUAGUCCUAAACUGUGACGUUCAGGAGCAUAGCCAUCAGACUUUUCUGCAAAGAUAUACAUGCUGCAAACAGGGCGGGUGGAGGCUAAGCAUUUUCUCAAAAGAUCAACAGGGCAAGAAGGACCUGUGCCUAACAGUUUUAUAGCAUGUUGAAGUAAAUCCAGGACUGAUGCUGUCACAGGAAAGGGAGCCUUGUGAAACAUAUUUAAAUUAAAGAUUCUGUCACUUCAAUUAUGAACGAGGCAGAAUGCAAACAAAAUAAUGAUUCUAAUUUGGCAAUCAAAUAUAAUAAUGGGUUCGAAGAGUGUGGAACUAGUUGUGUGUCACAGAAGGCUGUGUCGGAGAUGAGAUUUCUUAUUUUCUGUAUCUGUCUGUAUUUCAGAUUCUGCAUUUGUUCCACUCUGAGCUGCCAUGGGCCUCAUGAGCUCAUGAGAUGUUUAAAAGACAGUCAGUCCAGUCACAAGACAUCAAAACAUUCAGCAGCAAAAUACAGCUGAGUGCAAUAUGCCUUCGGGCAAGUCACAGAAUUUAAUUCUUGAUGUCAAGGUAUAUCAUCAGGUUGCAUAACAUAAUGUUUUAAACUUUAAGUACUGUCUUAGUGUUGCUAGUUAAAUAGCCACCUAUCUACAAAGUUUAUCAUCCUCAAAUUAGCCAUAGUGUUAUAUAUGGAUCAGGUCUCAUUUUCUUAACGCAAAAUUGCCCAACAUCACUUAUAGUAGUUUCUGAUUCAGUGUUUCAGGUGGCUAGGUAAAUGACUAAUUCCAAAGGGAGAGGCUUCAAGUACAGUUUCCUUAGGUGCUUGUCCAUUGUAAUGGCUUGAGAGGCUCCCCAGAGUUGCACAAGAGCACAAUCUUUUGUUCUCUGUAUCUUGGAUUGGUGUGCUGCCUGGAGCUCCAAGAUGCAUCCAGCUGCAGCUGCCUCAAAUGGAAAAUACAUUGGGCAUCAGAGAAGGUUUUUGGGGUUGGUUUUUUUGCUUGUUUGUUUUUUCUUUCAGGCUGCUUGUAAUUGUAAUUCCACCAUGAAACCAUGCUUUCAGACUUGCCAUGCAAACGGUAAAACCGUUUGUCACAUUUUCUAGUCAUUUUACUGCAAAUUUCUGCAUAGACGAGCUUUAAUCCUCCUUUUCUAUUGCUCCUUCCUCUUUUGCCUUGCAGACAUUGUUUUUACUCUUGCUAGAUGAAGACUUUGAAGUGUAUUAAUUCAGCAAGUAAAGAGUUAAUGUGCCCUGGUUUUCUUGCUAGUGAAGGACUGAGGCCCCCUGGUGCCUUCUUUAUUAGCAGAGCUGGGAACAGAGCGAAGCAUUGCAGUAACCGAGGUUUCUGUUCGUCCAUGUGUUUAAUUAUACGGGUAAAAGAGGAGUAAAGGCGAAGGAGAAAAUGCUUUUUUCCAGUGCACGUUCAUGUCUGGAUCCCACACUUUGGGUGGUUUUUGCUCUCCGGCCUCCCCUUUGCAUUCCUCCUUUCCGUUUGCCCCCUGCUUUAGAAAGGAUAUUUUGCAUUACUUCAAGCCUGGCUCACAUUUCUCUGGUUGCAGUUAGGUGCUCUGUAGUUCAUUGCUUCUGUUUAUGCAAGAAUCCACAUCAAAGACUUCAUUGUUCCCCAUUUAAAAGAUCAUACAGAGAUCAAAAGUAAGACUUGAAAAGCCCAGUCUCCCUGGAAAAAAGCUUACCAAAAAUAUCAGCAGAAGCUGUAAGAGCGAGCAUUCAGCAAUUCUGAAUGUUGUUUUUUGAUGAAUGCAGGUGUGGUUACAGCUCAUGCAACUGGACACCAUGUACUGGCAGAAGGUCAAAAAUAAUCUGAUUACAAUCAUGUGUUGAUCCAUUUGCUGGGGUUUAUUCAAAUGCUUACAGUGGACAAUAUAUUCAAUAUUCAGUACAUUGAAUCUUCUUGAUGAAGAUCUUUCUGUGAUCACAAACCAAAAAUUUAUUUGUUGUAGUUAUUCACAAACUCAGAUAUUUGUGUAAAUAUUAAUAUAUAUGUACAAACUUCAUGUCAAAUCAUCUAUUAAUAGUUUGCAACCAUCACCAGUAUAUUUAUAGUUUGAAAUUAUUUUCCAAUGAGUAUGAUCAAUCAUACCUUGUUUAGGAGUAAUCUGAUGUAUAGAAUUCAGUAAUGCAUUUUAAACCAGUUGGUUCCUAGGUGUGUGUGGUUUUUUCAUUUGGGUUGUGAGUUGGGUUUGAAGGUUUUUUUGUCUGCCUUGAUUUAAAAGCAUGAACUAUUUGAGUGAAGUGCUUAAGAACAACUUUGCAAGGAAAUUACUGCUUAGUAUUUGCAACUCGUGUUUUGCCUAGUAUUUGCUUAAAACUUAAUGCAUUCUGUUCUGAGAUUCUUGGAGAGUAGUGUCUAAAAAAUGAAAAAGACAAUUCAAUGUUUGAUUUGGAUGUUGUUUAUACAAAUAAACAUUUGUUAAGGCUU